AUGCUCCUGAUAGAAGAAUACCUUUCCUUCCCUACCAACACGUUGUACGUUAUCGAAGAUGUGGAAAAGAUACCUACACCAGCAUUUACCUUCUGCCCAAAGCCGUCUGUGAAGAGCCGCUUCCCACCGAAUCUGAACUCAUCCUAUAAAGUAGAUGCUUUUCUCGGAGGAACGACUUUCGCAGAGAAAUUCAAGCAACUCGCCAUUACCUUGCAUCAGUUGAUCCGUGCACCACACAAUUCUGACUGGUUGGAUGAUUUUGAGUCGUCAACAGUGAAUGGGGAGACGAUCAGAAGUCUUUCCUCAGGGUAUUGGAGUGAGCGAAUAUUUCUUGGAGAAAAUUCUACCAACAAUGAUAUGGGUGGAUAUCACUAUUUCAUGUGCUUUACGUUCCAUUGGAAAAAGAAACUUUCAACUGGAUCAAGAUCUUGCAAAGAAAACUUUUUCAAGCUCAACUUCGAGAUGAUUACUGACUCCGUGGAGCAGACGAUUGAGGUUUAUGUCCAUGAUGCGAGGGAAGAAUUCACAAAUUUCCACUUCUUUGAUUCCGAGCAAGUGAUUCUCUUCAAUGACUCUGUCACUCGUCUCUUCAUCCGACCUGAAGGCAUUCAGAAACGCAGCAAAAGGACAGACCCCUGUAUUGAUGAUGAAGCCUACAGUUACACAAGGUGCAAGGAGAACUGCAUCUGGGAGAAGAUGCUAGCGAGACACAACUUGAAGGGACUGUCGUGUUUCAUGCCGGCCCUCCUGACCAAGGAAGUCAAUUUGACGAUUCUGGAAUGCAAUAACUGGAAAGAUGAAACAAGCAGUUUUUCUCAGAUCCCUCACUUCUUAGAGAAGGAGAAGGUGACUCUGCUAGAUCUUCUGUCAAGCAUUGGAGGAAUCGUCGGGAUCUGCCUCGGUGCAUCCCUCGUCACGCUCUUUGACAUCGCCGAGAUGGUUUGCUCACGCAUCCCCUGCAGGUUUUUUCCAAGGAGAAAUGAGGUCGUUGCCACUGGAAACCACUGAUCCAAGC